CCCGCCCUUUCUGCUGCGAGAGGCAAGAGGCGGGGACGGGAGCGAGGGCGUGCGGUGAGAGGAGGGGGCGGGAAGAGCUGGGCCUCGCUCGCCUGUCUUCUCCGCAGUCGCAGCGAGGCCCGGCGAUGCCAUGAUGCUGUUGCUGACCUUUCUGCUGCUACUGCUGCUGCCGCCGUGGUCGCAGGCGCUGGUGUGGUACACGGCGUGGGUGAGCACGGCCUACACGGAUCCCGGCACCAACCGCACGGUGUGGGGCCGCGGCGAGAGCGGGCGUUAUGGGGCGGGCUCCCCCAAGGUGAGCGCGCAGGGCCUGGUGGGCAUCCCCCGCGGAGGGGCCAUGGAGGGCUGCGGGCCCGGCGCCGCCUUCCACGUGCCCGGCGCCCGCGAGGCCCCGCCCCACGCCUGGAUCGCCCUGCUGGCCCACGGGGGGUGCAGCCUCGCCGAGAAGGUAGCCGGCGCCGCCGGGAAGGGCGCCUCCGCCGUCGUGGUCUACAACGAGCCCCGCUUCGGGAACUCCACCUUCUCCAUGCCCCACUUGGGUACUGCCAAUACAGUUGUAAUUAUGGUUGGCUACCCAAAGGGAAUGGAGAUUUUGGAGCCAGUGCGAAGAGGAAUUCCAGUAAAAAUGACAAUUGGUGUUGGUAAACAACAUGUACAAGAAUAUAUCAGUGGACAGUCAGUUGUCUUUGUGGCAAUUGCAUUUAUCACCAUGAUGAUUAUAUCUUUAGCAUGGCUUAUAUUUUUUUAUAUACAACGCUUCCUCUAUACUGGAUCACAUUUUAGAAACCAGAGCCACAGAGAAGAAACAAUGAAAGCAAUUGGCCAUCUGUCACUGCGUAUUGUCAAGCCAGAAGAUAAGGGUUUGGAUGUCGAUGCAGAAAAUUGUGCUGUGUGCAUUGAAAACUAUAAAGCAAAAGAUAUCGUUCGAGUUCUUCCUUGCAAACAUGUCUUCCAUAGGCAUUGCAUUGAUCCCUGGUUAUUGGAGCACAGAACAUGUCCAAUGUGCAAACUAGAUGUCAUCAAAGCUUUAGGAUAUUGGGGAGAACCUAAAGAAGUUACAGUGCCUGAAUCUGUAAGUGGUAGCAUAUCAGCUGAGAGUUGGAGCAUGGUUAUACAAGAAGAGGAUAGAAAUGAAACAAGUGAAUUAUCAGCAUCUUCUACUGAUGAAUCUGUAAUAAAUAGGAGAAGUUUAAAAGAGGAGGCGGGUGAAACAACAGCUUUACUUGAAACAACUUGUAAAGAUAAUCCACAUGAAGAACACCUGUCUAUUGGAAAUACUUAGUGAAAGCUUGUCUUGGACUAAAAGCUGAAGAUUUAUUUUAUUUUUAUUUAUAUGAUAUGGACUGGUGCCUGGCCUAAGAAUUGUAUUAAUUUUCUAAUUCUGUUUAAAAAGGGCUGAUAACUAAGAAUUCUGUACCCUAUACAAAAUACCACAAUCCUAUUCUGAUUUUUAUCAAAGAACAGGAGCUUGAACCAGACUGGGUGGGGAGAUGAAAGAAGGAAAGUAUCUACAGAUAUUUUGGGUUUUAAUGUUACUUGCCACAUAUUGAGCUUACUGCUUACUUUUCUACAGUUCCUUUGAAACACCUGUUAUUUAAAAAACGGAUUCUGUUCCUUGGUUUUUGUGGGUAUAGAAACCCAUGUGAGGGAAACCUGUUUUGUCAUGAAAAUAGGAAAGUUUCCCUGAGAAAGAACAAAUUGCUAGAGAGUAUUAAAAAGACAAUUCCUGGAAGAAGUACUGUUUAACAAACAAACAUGGGUUAUAUUGUAUCACAUACAGCAUAUAUGUACCACUAGUGGUCUUUUUUUUUAAAGGUGUGUUGAAGAUGUACUGUAGACCUCUUCAAACAUCAGAACAUUACAAUAGACUUGCAAGUUUUUUUGCCAUAUACUUGCUAAAGAAAACCAACUAUUAAAUUGCCUUCUUGAAAAAUGUUUUUAGCUUGCAUUAUCCUAUUCAUUUGGAUACUUCAUUGUUAAAAUCCACAUAUUAAUGCCUAGGAUAACAUAAAAGAGAAAACAUCCACUAUGGAAUACAAUACCAGUUUACAGAACAUAAUUUAACUUGAGGACUCUUAAACCAAUCUUCUGACUUACCCUAGUUGCUUCCUCUGAAUAUUUCUAUAUUCUCAUUUGGGAUGUUUGUAGAGUGAAAAUUCUUUACUUUCUCUUAAAUUAAGACUCAUUAAAAGCCUGUUAGAGAUGUGCCCACCUAAUUUGUUUACUACUGGGCUAGAUCAGUCACAUGGUGCCUUUAUGAAGCAGUUGAAAAGCACUGAGCCUGAAUGAUACUAAAUAAGUAUCAUUGCACUGGUUAAACUUUACUUCUUCCUUCGGGUAAUUCUAUACAAGAAGGUCUAAGAAAACAAAGUAUUGUGUAUUUAUAGUUUUAUUAAAUGUUGAAAUGUUUUUUAGCAUUCCAGUGUUAUUAUAAAUGAAUGUAUGGGGUUGGUAAGUUAACUUUUACAACAUGUUUUAAGGCUAGACAUUGGGUAAGGUACUUGAAAUGCCUGAGAAAAUAUGCAAUCUGCUGCUUAAAAUGGUGAAAUAGAUUGCUAGACAAGAUCUUCUUCCCAAAUAUGGAAUGGUUCAGGUGGAUGUGCUCCUGUCUUUUCCCAAAAUACUCUGAAGAACUUCUUGCCUUCUCUGAGCAGAAGGGCCUUAGCUGUCAACACAGACUUCUUCUACAAGCCCCGCAUUUUCAGUCAGCAUUUUAUGAAAUGGAACAUGUCAAGACUACGUCAUGUCUUCAAGAAUCUGCUGUAAAAUUAUUAAACUACUUGCCAUUUCUUCAGAAAAUAUCUGUUGCUGAAUGUUUAGUAACUAUCCUUUAUAUUACAAAAAGUAGAGUUCUACUUGUAGUUGUUUGUACAAUAGAACAGCUGGCUUAGUAUCAAGAUUGGCUGGAUGCUGUUGUCUUGAAAGUCUUGACUCUUUUUGACAUCACUGCAGCACUUGGCAUGGAGAAAGAGCACGGUGCACCUAUUAGUGCAGGUUUAAUUCGAGCAGAGACUGGCAAGAUGCAUCUUCCUUGAUAACUUCUGUCAUCUGAAACAGAAUGAAUUGCCUGGACUUUUGUCUUCCAAUAGAUGAAAUAUUAACCUAUUUUCAUAAGGCUAAACCCAAUGGAUGGAAUACAAACAUGUUCUGAAAUGUUAAAAAAAUGCAGAGAAUCUAAAUGAGCUUUAAUAAAAUUAUCCAGUUGAAUCUG